ACAGUGAUCCUUCAACCCAACUGGCCUCAGAUAUUCACAGGAGAGACAAUAACUCUCAGAUGUGUGAUCCAGGGAGGUGGAGGAACUCAGUGGACGUAUGAAUGGAAACAAGACGAGUUAAACAAACCUCCAACAUCCAGAGAAUACAGGAUCAAUGGAGCUACUGAGUCUGACAGUGGAGAAUAUAGAUGUAGAGGUAGAAGAGACUACUAUUUAACAGAGUGGAGUAAUACCAUCAGACUGAAUGUAUCAGGUAAACAACCUGUCCUCUCUGUGUCUCCAUCAUGGCUGAGUCCUGGAGCCUCAGUAAAUCUGAGCUGUGAGGUUGAACAUCCAUCUGCAGGAUGGAGGUUUUACUGGUAUAAAGCUGUUCCUGAUCUAUCACACAAGUAUCAAUAUUACAACUAUGAGCUGCUUCCUGGUAGCAUCAGUGGAACUGAACAAGAUUCCUACAUCAUUGAUGGACAGACACACACAGCAGGAUAUGUGUGUAGAGCUGGAAGAGGAGAGCCAGUGUUUUACACUGAUUACAGUCCACCUCAGUUUGUCUGGUCUGGAGAUUUCCAUUCAUCAGCGUCUCUCACAGUGAAUCCUGACAGAGUGCAGCACUUCACCUCUGUCUCUAUCUCUCUGAGCUGUGAGGGAAACUCUACUGAGUGGAGAGUGAGGAGGUUUACUGAUGAUAGCGUCCUGUCACACUGUUCUACCUGGGGGACAAUGACUGGAUCAACAUGUAAAUUAUCCAGAUCCCAGUCUGAUGAUGCAGUGUACUGGUGUGAGUCUGGAUCAGGAGAGUUCAGCAACGCAGUCAACAUCACUGUCCAUGCUGAUGGUAUCAUCCUGGUGAGUCCUAUCCAUCCCGUCACUGAGGGAGAUUCUGUUUCUCUGAGCUGCAGGUUCAGAGGACAGCAACAACUUUCUUCUGUGUUUUUCUAUCACAAUGACAAACUCAUCCAAAAUGACACCAGAGAGGAGCUGAUCAUCUCUGCAGUGUCAAAGUCAGAUGAAGGCUUCUACAAGUGUCAGUCCUCAGGAAAACAAUCACCACAGAGUUGGAUGGCUGUAACAUGUGAGUAA